UAAACCAAUAACCAUUCGCGUAUUGCCGUGAAGCAAGGCGAAGGGUUUCCCACCAAUAAACGUAAUGAAUGGAUAUUAAGUCACACGGGAUGUUGCGCGGGCGUGUGUGACGUAGCCCCGUUGCCUGGAUACCGUCCGAUUUGUUAGUGGACCACCAUAUUGCAUUCCGUAUUUUGCUAUGGAGAGAUUAGGAUGGUUUCUAAUCGUCUCCGUCGUCGGGGCGGCUUUCUCCGACGACGUACCGACCGGCUUCGUAUUUAAGCAUCACGAUAACGAGGAACUGCUCCAAGUGUUGGUGGACGUCCAUAACAAAUGCCCCAACAUAACUCGAUUAUACGAAUUAAGUCACAGAAGUGUCAAUGGUCAGCCUCUUCUAGUCUUAGAAAUGACUAAAAACCCGGGCAGACACGAGUUUUUGAAGCCAGAGUUUAAGUAUAUUGGAAACAUGCACGGUAAUGAAGUAUUGGGAAGAGAAAUGUUACUGGCCCUGGCUAGUUAUCUCUGCAAUGAAUACGAGCGAGGAAAUGAGGAUAUUCGACGUCUCGUGAACACGACGCGAAUUCACAUUUUACCUUCCUUGAAUCCGGACGGCUGGCAAAUAGCAUCCACGAGUCAUGGUGAUAAUUGGUUAAAAGGAAGAGGUAAUGCCAACGGAGUGGAUUUAAAUAGAGAUUUCCCAGAUCUAAAUCAGAUUGUUUAUGAACAUGUUGGUGGUGAUGAUGAUAAAUUUAAUAACCAUCUGUUUUCUAAAGAUGCAAUAGAUCAUAAGUUUCAACCAGAGACCUUAGCCGCCAUGAAGUGGAUUUUAAAAAAUCCUUUCGUUCUGUCUGCUAAUUUGCACGGUGGAGCUCUGGUUGCUAAUUUCCCCUAUGAUGAAUCUUUCCAUCACAGCAGUCAGGAAUAUACGGCCACACCAGAUGACGACACUUUCAGACAUCUUGCCAUGUCUUAUUCGAAAGUUCAUAAAACAAUGUCCGCCGAUAAGCCUAUUGACUGUAAUGGAGAUGACUUCACUCACCAAGGAGGAAUAACAAAUGGAGCUGCUUGGUACAGUGUUGCAGGAGGAAUGCAAGAUUUUAAUUAUCUUGGCUCUAAUGAUUUUGAAAUCACACUUGAGUUAGGAUGUAAUAAAUAUCCUCCAGCUAGCGAAUUAGAAAAAGAAUGGUUUAAUAAUAAAGAUGCACUUAUUAACUUUAUCUGGCAGUCUCAUAUUGGAGUAAAAGGCAUUGUUAAAGAUGCAGAAACUGAUCAACCCCUUACUGGCGUUUACAUUAAAACAGUCAAUAUCACAGAUGAUAAACACAAAUUAAUUGAUCACGACGUGACAACAGUUACAAAUGGAGAAUAUUGGAGACUGUUAACUCCGGGAAAGUACGAAAUUACUGCACUCACCCCGGGCUAUAAAGCGGACACGAAAACAGUCAUCGUCACUAAUCCGCCGCAUCAAGAAGCUAUCCGUCUUGAUUUUACGUUGGAACCGGAAUCUUUGGAAAAUUAUGAUAAUGUGAUUGAAGAAUCAAAUGAAGAUAAAAGAUAUUAUGGUAAUACAGAGUUUGCAAGAUUUUUAAGGUUUUUUAAUAAAAAAAAACAGGUUUAGCAAAGUAUAAACAAUAUAAAAAUCUCACUUUAUGAAACUUUUUAAUUUUCAUUUCUGUGCCAAAAAAAAAACACUUUAAAAGUCAAAGAUCUGUUUUAUUUGAAACUCAUUUCAAUAAAGACAGCACAAACUUUAAUAUCUACUGUGCAUCUUCAGUUUAGCAUCUCACUCAAAAAAAUUGUCUAAUUGUUAAAAUAGUUAAACAUAUCAGUGUAUCUUAGAAUAACUAGUCAAUCAAUUUUGUUUUAAUAUUUAAUAUAAUUUAUUAUUAAACUAGCAUAUCAUGUUUAUACAGAUAUAGAAAAGCUUUUAAAUAUUCAUUAAUGUGUAAAUGUCAAUCCUUUUUUUUUUGGUCAGAGCUAAAUAUUAAAUUUUA